GUUUGAUGCAAGCACCUUGGGGAAUCACUGCUUGCUUAGGUCUUCCUCAGGUAGUGCACGAAGCUACCAAGGUCAUCGCUGAUGCCGAAAGGGAGUUACCCGUUCAAAUUUCCAAGCAGGAACGGCAAAAUGCCAUCGGUGCAGGAGACGUCCUUCUGUGCAGUGGAGCAAGUCAUCCGUGACCGCUCAACGCUCACGGUUCUGCGCAAUUUGGCCUUACAGCUCCAACGCAGACAGUUGUCCGGACCAAGCCAAGUGGCGAACGCUACAGCAAAAGCGCUACGUCAGGUGGUCAGCACGAGCAAGUUUCAAGAUGUGGAAGAGCUCGUGCACAUCAUUCGAGUGGCUGGAAGAUUCUUGCAAGAUGCGCAACCAGGAGAGCAAACCGUUGGCAACAUUACUCUCAGGGUUUUACACUUGCUGAGAGAGGAGAUGAAGGCGCUCAUCACGCCCAUGGCAUCCAACGCUCAUUCGGAAGCUCCAAGUCCGACACUCUUUUCACCGACAAGCACAGCGCCUUCGACUCCGGGACUCUCGGGCCCUUCUUCGCUAAUUCCAUCACUAUCCAUGCUCUCCAUGGCAGGCAGCUCUCAUUCAGCCCAUCAGAAAGAUCCUUUCGACCUCUUGCGUCCGUCUCUAUUGUCGAAACGAUCCGAGUCAGCCUUUGGGUCCAGCUUUAGCAUUUCCGAUCUCAUUGGCUCUGCACCGGGCAGCAGCAGCGCUUGUGCUAGUGGAAUUGCAAGCGCCAUCGGCAGUGCAGCGAGCACGGACGGGUCGCGAACGCCAGGCGCUCCAACCAGCUCGCAGAGUACAUCACUGGUUGGUGGUGCCUCCGCCCUGUUCACCCGGCCCUCAGCCUCGCGAAAGGGUAAAAGGAGGAGCAACGAUGGCACGAUGAUGAAUUUCGACGAUGAUGAUGCGGAGGAGGAAGAAGCAUCAGAAGACGAGGACGAAGACGAGGAUGAGCAAGAUGAGGACGAGGAUGGAGAGGAAGGUGGCGCCGGAGAGGACGCGACGAUGGCUCCCAGUACAUCAGCGUCGACGAGCACAGUAGCAACAAAGAAUAUAUUAGCACAGCAAGGGAAGGUACGGCUGAUUGCGCACCAAAUCAAGCCGCUUCUCAUACAAGCGAUACAAGACUUGCUCGACGAACUCGAAACGGUCAACAGCAACGUCGCUCGCGAUGCGCGAGACCACAUCCAUUCAGGCGAGCUGGUGCUAACGAUGGGGAGAUCACGCACCGUCGAAGCAUUCCUCAAGGCUGCGGCCAAGGAUCGUAAAUUCACCGUUAUUGUCGCAGAGACGGCGCCUUCAUAUUCUGGCCACCAGACCGCCCGGGUCUUGUCGGCUGCCGGCAUUUCGACCAUCCUCGUGCCCGACUCGAGUAUCUUCUCGAUGAUGCCGCGCGUCUCGAAAGUCGUGAUUGGCGCACAUGCCGUCCUUGCCAAUGGCGGCUUGCUAGGGGAAGCAGGAUGCGCCAUGACGGCGCUGGCAGCGCGCAACCAAUCAACACCCGUCGUCGUGUGCUCGGGUGUGUACAAGGUGUGCCCACGCUGGGAGUGGGCCGUCAGUACAGGGCAAGAGGGUGCAAGUGGCGGCCGCAGCGCCGUCUCUGCCGGCUUGGGCUUUGCGCAUCCGCCGGCGUCAGUCCUCAUGUUCGACGAUCCGAAGCUGCACGCGUCGGUGAUAGAAGAGACGGAGAUCGUCGCACCGAUGCUCGAGUACGUCAAGCCGCAACACGUUGACGUCUACAUAACGAAUGUCGGCGAAUUCCCUCCGAGCUACGUAUACCGGUUAAUCAAGGAGAACUACCAUGAAGAGGACUUGGGCUCUGUAGAAUUCUAAUGACAAUACAGUGCAGCAAGAAUCUACCUGAUCGCAAUGGUAUGCUCUCCAGGUUUUUGUUUCUUGAAACCAUGGGCGUCCACGAUUACGACGCCAUUUUCUGCCGCAGUCAGCUCAUCGGCGGCCUUGCGCUUUUUGCCCG